AUGGCCGUCGAUACAAUCAGCUGCAAUAUCUGGCCAGAUAUAGUUCCAGAAGACUUCGACACGUUCGCAUCGUCUUUCGAUGUCCGGCAAUGCGCAGUGACGGCCGAUGCUGUCGGACGGUACCAUGCGGCUUUUGCUAAUGGUUUGACAUCCCCAGUCGAAUUGUCGGUCAAAGCCGCAUGGUGUGCUGGACGUGUUCGCCAUUUUAGCUGGGCAGCUGCAUUAAUCCUGUAUGACUUUGCUUUGCGGCAGAUCGCUGGCAAUGGGGGUUCGUGGUGCUUCGACAGUUCUAGCUGGAGCCGACACGCCAAGAUUUCGGCGCAUGAUGUGCUUACUGCACAUGCUGAUGUGUUGCAACAAAUUUUGCGGCAGUGGCAGAACACAAACUUUGCGGUGGGCAGCACUGCGUGUUCUAUAAGGCAGCGUUUCAGAACCAGUGGUUCCAAUCAGGAUCAAAUCGACGCUGAUGUUAGAGCGUGGAAUCAAGAAGUGCUGAAUGCAGGUCGCCCAUUCUGGGACGGGCAGGACUUUGUUCGCAUGGGCUCGCUUCCCAAAGUGAGUUGUUUGGUACCAGUGGUUUGGCCGGCGCAAGAAGCAUUCCUCGAGGCAAUCUCGGAAACAUAUGGCUCGGAUUGCGACGUCCUGCGCUUCUUCGUUUCAAGCACACAGACAUUAGAAGUGCCGGCGACCAUGCAGCAUUCAUUCAUAAAUCUGCAUGCUUGGUAUCCCGAUGUGCCACCCGACGAUGAGACAUUCCAUCGACAGACCGGUCAAGCCCCCCAGCACGACAACUUCAACACCAUCAUCAAACUCUUGCACAUGCUACGAUGGGAAGCCGAGCACAGCGACGAGCACAGCGACCUCUUGGGUGAGCAAGGGGAGCAGUGGUGGUACUGCCGUUUGGAACGCGACACCUUCUUCAUUCCAGAAAACUUUCGCUAUUUUGUCGUGUCAGAACGUUUGGAUGCUGCGGAGCCCCACUACCUUGGGACGAGGCAGUUCAACGAUGUCCCGCGAUUCGGAUUUGUUUACAACGAUGGAGGUCCUGGAGUGUGUUUGUCUCGCCGGGCAUUGCGUGACUUGUCGAGCCUACUAGUGGACGCACCGUUUAUAGAUGGGCGUCCAACUUUUCAGGAUUGCGUGUUUGCUGUUGGCCAUCGUGAAGACCUGAUGCUAGCUGCAUGCUUGCGACAGCUUGGGGUGUUGCCAAGCGCACUGACGACUGACGCGUUUGGCAGAGAAUGGUUCAGUAUACGUCCAAUGGUCGGUCUUCCCAUGCACCAGCCGGUGCUGCAACACUUACUUCGUGGCAAUGAAACUGGGAAUGAAGCUUGGAACUUCUGGAUGGGCCGAGGCCACUUGUAUUUGCCGUGCUUUGAAUAUAUUCGCAUUUGGGUAGUUGAGAUGCCAGUGUCAUUCAAUUCCUUCAAGAAUGUCUCCAUGUUUACAGAGGCGAAAUCGAUUCUUGAGCUGGGCCCACAAGCGAGGCAGAAGCACUUGGGGUAUGCAUUGCAUCUCAGUGGCCUCAGAAAGCAUAAGGAUGCUGUGAUCUUGCAACCAUCACCAAGCCGUGGCAUUCCUUGA